AUUCAAGCGCUUUUGCCUGGGUACCUAGGCCUUCCAUUUCCUGGUCUCCACCUACAACACCAGCCUAAUGUCUAGUCACUUCUAACCGUAUUGAACUACUUAUAGAUUACCUAGACAUGUCCUUUCAAGCCUGUUUUGCACUGGAAAUGCUUUUUUUAUCCUCUGUGUUUCAUUUUAAUAAUUUUUUAUGAUACAGUUUAGGUAUUGCCACCUCCCAGAACACUUGCAUAUUAGCUGUAGUUCCUCUGUUCUCCCAUAGCACCUUGUGUUUACCUGCAUUGACUUCUCUCUCUUCCCUGAGACUUUGGACUCCUAAUAGCUGGAGACUUCUGUUCAUUCUUCUUUUUAUUACAGAGCCUGGAGCAUAGUAGACAUAGAAUAAUUAGUGAACAUAUGAAUAAACUUCAUCUGUUUACAUUUUUUAAAAAGGCAAUGAUAGUAAGAAAUGCUAAAGAUACAGCUCAUACAAAAGCAGAACGGAAUAUUCUGGAGGAAGUAAAGCAUCCCUUCAUUGUGGAUUUAAUUUAUGCCUUUCAGACCGGUGGAAAACUCUACCUCAUCCUUGAGUAUCUCAGCGGAGGAGAAUUAUUUAUGCAGUUAGAAAGAGAGGGAAUAUUUAUGGAAGACACAGCCUGCUUUUACUUGGCAGAAAUCUCCAUGGCUUUGGGGCAUUUACAUCAAAAGGGGAUCAUCUACAGAGACCUGAAGCCGGAGAAUAUCAUGCUUAAUCACCAAGGUCAUGUGAAACUAACAGACUUUGGACUAUGCAAAGAAUCUAUUCACGAUGGAACAGUCACACACACAUUUUGUGGAACAAUAGAAUACAUGGCCCCUGAAAUCUUGAUGAGAAGUGGCCACAAUCGUGCUGUGGAUUGGUGGAGUUUGGGAGCAUUAAUGUAUGACAUGCUGACUGGAGCACCCCCAUUCACUGGGGAGAACAGAAAGAAAACAAUUGACAAAAUCCUCAAAUGUAAACUCAAUUUGCCUCCCUACCUCACACAAGAAGCCAGAGAUCUGCUUAAAAAGCUGCUGAAAAGAAAUGCUGCUUCUCGACUUGGAGCUGGUCCUGGGGAUGCUGGAGAAGUUCAAGCUCAUCCAUUCUUCAGGCAUAUUAACUGGGAAGAAUUGCUGGCUCGGAAGGUGGAGCCCCCCUUUAAACCUCUGUUGCAAUCCGAAGAGGAUGUGAGUCAGUUUGAUUCAAAGUUUACACGUCAGACACCUGUUGACAGCCCAGAUGACUCAACUCUCAGUGAAAGUGCCAACCAGGUCUUUCUGGGUUUUACAUAUGUGGCUCCAUCUGUACUUGAAAGUGUGAAAGAAAAAUUUUCCUUUGAACCAAAAAUCCGAUCACCUCGAAGAUUUAUUGGCAGCCCACGAACACCUGUCAGCCCGGUCAAAUUUUCUCCUGGGGAUUUCUGGGGAAGAGGUGCUUCAGCCAGCACGGCAAAUCCUCAGACGCCUGUGGAAUAUCCAAUGGAAACAAGUGGAGUAGAGCAGAUGGAUGUGACGAUGAGUGGGGAAGCUUCAGCACCACUUCCAAUACGACAGCCAAACUCCGGGCCAUAUAAAAAACAGGCUUUUCCCAUGAUCUCGAAACGACCAGAGCACCUACGUAUGAAUCUAUGACAGAGCAACGAUUUUAAUGAAUUUAAGGCAAAAAAGGUGGGGAAAGGAUGUGUGAGCAUCCUGUAAGUUGAAACAGGAAGACUCAAAAUGACAGUCUCGAAGAGUUAGUGUCAUUACAUUGAACACUUUGGACAGAGGAAGAAUAAACAUGGAUUUUAAAAAAUCAAUCAAUGGUGCAAAAAAAAAAAACUUAAGCAAAAUAGUAUUGUGGAACUCUUAGGCACAUCAAUUAAUUGAUUCCUAGCGACAUCUUCUCAACCUUAUCAAGGAUUUUGAUGUUGAUGGCUCGAACUGACAGUAUUAAGGGUAGGAUGUUGCUUCUGAAUCACUGUUGAGUUCUGAUUGUGUCGAAGAAGGGUUAUCCUUUCAUUAGGCAAAGUAUGAAAUUGCCUGUAAUACUUGCAACUAAGGACAAAUUAGCAUGCAAGCUUGUUCAAACUUUUUCCAGCAACAUGGAAUCAAAGACAAAAGAAACUUAACAAUUGAUGUUUUACGUGCAAACAACCUGAAUCUUUUUUUUAUAUAAAUAUAUAUUUUUCAAAUAGAUUUUUGAUUCAGCUCAUUAUGGAAAACAUCCCAACUUUAAAAUGCAAAAUUAUUGGUUGGUGUGAAGAAAGCCAGACAACUUCUGUUUCUUCUCUUGGUGAAAUAAUAAAAAUGCAAAUGAAUCAUUGUUAACCACAGCUGUGGCUCGUUUGAGGGAUUGGGGUGGACUUGGGGUUUAUUUUCAGUAACCCAGCUGCAAUACCUGUCUGUAAUACUAGAAAAAAAAUUAUUUAAUCAUUUCUACUUGCAGUACUGCUAUGUGCUAAGCUUAACUGGAAGCUUUGGAAUGGGCAUAAAUUGUAUGUCCUACAUUUCAUCCUUGUCCUGGGCCUGCAUUGCACUGGAAAAAUGUCACCACCUGUUCUUAACCAGUAUUUGGUUCAAGACGCCAAAUGUUUUCAGCCCAUGGCUGAAGAAGGAUGGAAAAGAGUCAGGAUAAAAUGCAUACUGAGGGCAGUAAAGUGAGGGAGAGAGGGAGAUCCAGGGAAAGAGGGUGUUGUCAUGUUCCACUCUCUGUGUCUAAUCUCUUUACAGCAAAUUGGUAAGAUUUUAAGUUUUACUUUUAACUGUUUUUGCUGUCUACCUUCCUUAGGUUUUUUUUCCUCAACAGUUUUAAAAGGAAAAAAGUAUUUUUCUUUCUCCUAUACUGGGGCUACAUAUUUUGAUUGUAAAAAUAUUUGAUGGCCUUUUGAUGAAUGUCUUCCACAGUGAAUAAGAAAACUUAGUGGCUUAAUUUAGGAAACAUGUUAACAAGACACUAUGUUUUUGAAAUUGUAACAAAAUCUACAUAAGUGAUAUACAGGUACAAAGAAUAAAAAUAAAGGUAACUUUACCUUUCUUAUA